AUGGGUGUCGGUCGCCGGAUGAAAAAGCAGGGUCCUCCUCCUCCAUUGGACGAGGCUACAAUUUCAAUGAUCAAGAAGCGAAAGGCUGCCGAGGCCGACGCAAAAGCUGAAGGCGGAAAAAAGCGAAGGAAGGCAGAGUCCGAAGCCGAGCCCGAGACCAAGAAACUCAAGACAAAAAAGGCCAAUGGUGUUGAGGUCAAUGGAAAGGGGAAGAAGCCCAACGGAGCUGCUGUGCUUGCAAACGGCUCGAAAGCGGAGAAGAAAAAGAAGCCUGCUCAAAAACCCGUAGAGCCGGUACCUGAGCCAGAGGAGGAUGAUGAUAGCUGGGGAAGUGGCAGCGCGCCUGACUUGGACGAAAUGAUGGAAGAUGAAUUUGGUGACCUCGACAAUGUGAGCGAGGGGGACGAAAAUGAUGUGGAAAAAUUCGAUGAAGGAUCCGUAUUCGAUUCGGACGAAGACGACCACCCGCGAGAGAAAAUGUUUUCUGACGAUGAAGAUGAGUCGGACGCAGAGGAAAAGCUUACCGCGGCAAACAUCGCAGGCUUGUCACGAAAACUUGAUGAACAGCGUGAGCUUGAAGAAGAAGAAGCCAGACAAGAGAUCCAGGAAUCAGCAAUGCAGACUAACAUCGCCGGCGAUCGUCCUGAUAUUUUUGGCGAGAUCGACGCCGCAGCCCAAGCUGGAGUUGCUCCCAACAUGCAACUUCUUCGAAACCGAAUUACAGAUACUCUGCGAGUUAUCGGCGACCUGGAGUCACUGGGCCAACCAGGAAAAUCUCGAGCAGACUACUUGCAGCUUCUACUAGCCGAUUUCUGCACAUAUUACGGAUACGCGCCUUUCUUGGCUGAGAAGUUGAUGUCGUUGUUUACUCCUACGGAAGCCUUUGCCUUUUUUGAAGCAAACGAAGCCCCACGUCCUGUGGUGCUUCGUACCAACACCUUGCGCACUAAUCGGCGGACGCUUGCUCAGGCCUUGAUUAAUCGAGGCGUUGUCCUGGAACCCGUGGGGAAAUGGUCGAAAGUCGGCUUGCAAAUUUUCGAAUCUGCCGUUCCUCUCGGUGCUACUCCUGAAUACCUCGCCGGUCAUUACAUCCUUCAAGCAGCCUCAUCCUUCUUGCCCGUUAUGGCUCUUGCUCCACAGCCAGGCGAGCGUGUUCUUGAUAUGGCAUCCGCUCCUGGUGGUAAGACAACAUACAUCUCUGCACUCAUGCGCAACACUGGAAGCGUUCUUGCCAACGAUGCUAGCAAGGUGCGUGCCAAGGGUUUGAUUGGUAAUGUUCACCGUCUGGGUUGCAAAAAUGUCGUUGUGUGCCAUUACGAUGCUCGUGAGGCCUUCCCUAAAAUCCUUGGCGGGUUUGAUCGUGUUCUUCUUGACGCGCCUUGCACUGGUACGGGCGUUAUCUCCAAGGAUCCUAGCGUCAAAACGAACAAAACCGAGCGUGACUUCCUUGCUAUUCCACACAUGCAAAAACAGCUUCUUCUCGCAGCUAUUGAUUCGACAGACCACCAUUCCAAGACCGGAGGUUAUAUUGUUUACUCUACUUGUAGUGUCACAGUCGAAGAGAACGAACAAGUUGUCCAAUACGUUCUGCGCAAGCGCCCGAACGUGAAGAUUGUUGAUACUGGCCUCGGCGGGUUUGGUUCCGAAGGUUUCACCAGCUACAUGGGCAAGAAAUUCGAUGAAAAGAUGCGUCUGACCAGACGCUAUUUCCCGCACCGAGAGAACGUGGAUGGAUUCUUCGUUUGCAAAUUGAAGAAGACUGGCCCAAGUCCAGCGACUGGUGCUGCUACCGGUUCGACUAGUACUGCGGCCAAUGGCUCGAAGUCAGAUGUUUCUAAUGUUAGCGGCGAUGACGAGGAUGUUGACAAGACCCCUAUUACCGAUAACGACGGUACUACUGCCGGAGAGGCUGGUUUCGGUCCGUUUAACGAUGACCAAGAUGCCGAACUCAUUGCUCGGGCUGAGCGCAACCGCCUGAGGAGAAAAGGUGUCAACCCCAAGGCCGUCCUAGGCAAACAAGCGAAGAAGACCGAGAAGGAGACUGUCGAACCGACUGCUUCUGCUUCCGAGAAAGAAGACGAACCUAACAAGGACACGAAGAAUGUUGCAAAGGAGUCUAAAAAGAAUAAGAAAGAAAAGGAGAAAAAAAAGCCAGAGUCACACUCGGAAAGCGCAAAGACGUCAUCAUCAACGUCCAGCCCAGCAUCUAAGAAAGCCAGUAAAGGCAAGAAAGGGCAAAAAUAG